CGGUUAUCUAUUAGAAUGUUCAUUGGUAAUCGUAUUGACUGGGCCAACGUUGAACGUUCGUUCGAUUUCCAACUACUUUUUAUAGUUGAUGAACAGAAAGAAUCCAUUUGCAUCUUCAAAAUGCCUAUGGGCAAGAGUUCUAAGAUUUUACAGCACAUCAACUAUCGUAUGCGAUGCACUCUUCAAGAUGGUCGUAUAUUCAUCGGAUCAUUCUUAGCUUUCGACAAACAUAUGAACUUGAUAUUAGGAGAUUGUGAUGAAUUUAGACGAGUAAAGUCGAAGAGCAGUAAAGGAACAGAUAAAGAAGAAAAGCGAGUUUUAGGUUUAAUAUUACUACGAGGUGAACAUCUGGUUUCCAUGACAGUUGAAGGACCUCCUGUCUCUGAUGACAAACCAAGAAUACCAACAGCCAAUGCAACCCCAGGCAGUGGCAUGGGCCGAGCAGCUGGACGUGGGGUUGCUGUACAGCCUCAGUUUUCAGCCCAGCAGAAUUUUAAAUUAUUUUUUUAAUAAGGUUUAAGUGGUCCAGUACGAGGGGUUGGUGGUCCUUCUCAAGAUAUUAUGACACCACAAGGCAGAGGCCUACCAUCAGGUCGUAAUGAACCACAGCAAAGAGGAGCUGCUCCUCGCCCAGGACCACCUGGUAUGCCUCAAGGUCCGCCAGGUAUGAGGCAACCCAUGCCUCCUCCAGGAAUGAUGGGAAGAGGUAUGCCACCUCCUGGUAUGCCACCACCAGGAAUGAGACCACCACCAGGAAUGCAAGGUCAAGGACCACCACCGCACAUGCAAGGACAAAUGCCACCUGGUAUGCCACCACAGGGUCCACCAAGAAACAUGUAGCAUUUCAUGGAUUGUGGCUACAUUUGUUGGUCUUCAUAUGCAAAACUUAAUGGCCAGAUUUACUUUACUAACUUUUUAUUUACUGUCAUUGUAAAAUAGUUUGAUAUUUUGUAAAUUACACGUAUAUUUGUGAACAAAUGGUGAUCCAAACCAUGCUAUAAAUUAGCUUUAAAUUAUUGACUAUGCUUUAAAACAACAUUUAAGUUUCAAGGUGUUAUCUUGCAUAUGAGAAAUAAUUGUCUUUUAUUGAAGUCUGUGGUCUCAGGAUGAGCCUUCCUUUCUGGUAAAAUUAAGAAACUAAUCAUUCAUGGUUGCUUUUGAAGUAUGGAAGGUUUCUGUGCAUAUUUACCUCAUCACAUGACAUGUUGUAAUCCUCUAGUACCAACCUACAUCUUUUAAUAAUGCUUUCAAUUGUCAAAGAAUAUGAACAUAAUGUGAAAAUUAUUAAUAUACAUUAAAUUUGGUGGAGGAUA